CGCUCCAAGUCACCACACGGAAAGGCUCGACGGAUCUCUCUAACAUACGCCGGUGGCGCACGAUUUACUUUUACUAGCACCUUCUCUGAUUUCCCUAAACGUCUUUCAGAUAUCAAUCUCACCCUAAUCAAAUCUCUUGGAUUUCAAUAUUUCAAUCAAAAUCUAUGGUGGAAUUAACUAUGGAGGAAAUGUCUCUGCCAGUUCUUUUCGAGCAGGCUCGAAAAAUUCACCAAGCCGCCUCCGACUCAUCCGUCGAUCAGGAUACUGUGAAGAAAGGUUGCGAACUGUUGAAGAAAUGCGAGGAAAUGAUUGGAAAACUAGGGUUGUUUUCGGCUAAUGAGACGAAGGAGGAUAUCAGCACUACUAAUCUCAAAUAUCUUCUCGUGCCAUAUUGUCUUGGUGAGCUAACAGAGAAAAUCACUGAAGAGGACAGGAUUAGAAUUCUUAAAGCUUCACAGGCCAAGUUAAAGGAAUUUAUCUCAUUCUGUGAGGCCAUGGAGCUUGUACCCGAAGAGGAACUAGAAUCAUCUGCACGAGCUGCGGGUGGUACCUUCGCUGAUCGCAGAGCUAAGAAGAUUGCUCGCUUCAAGCGGCAGAAAGCUGCUGAGUCAAAAUUGCUUGAAAUAAAGGAACGAAAGGAACGGCGUGGGCGUUCUACUAGAGCAUCUGCAUUAUCUACGCCUGUUGAGGCAGGGGAAGAGGAUACGGAGGAUGAUGACGGAGAAGAGGAAAGGGAGGCAUGGCUGACCACCAUCUCAUUGGCACUUUGUAAGGCAUUGGAUCUGCUGGAAAUGCUGAAGAAAGAGGAAGAGAUGCUGCUAGUUGUUAAGGAAAGGCAGUCACAGGAAGGAGAGAAUGAACUUUCCCAGUCUAUUCUUGAUGAGCGCGCUAAGAAAGCAGAAGCCUGGCAUCGUGAUGCUUCAGCAAGAGUGCGAUAUACAAAACCAGCAGCUCCGAUCACGUGUGCUACUUUUGCUCAAGAUGUUUUGGAGGGUAGAGCAAAAGUUUCGCAGUUUCAUGAACACAAACACCAGCCAAUGAUAUUUGGACCAGCAAGCCUUGUGGGGAAAAACCCAACAAGCGAGAGGGAGAAAAUUGCCGCUCAAGUUUUCCAGCCUCACUACCGAUUACCAACAAUGAGCAUAGAGGAAGCUGGCCUAAAGGAGAUGGAGAUUAUGAAUAAAUGGCAAGAAAGGACCGCCAAGGUUAUCGAGGAAGCUAACUCAUCAUGGUACAAGGAUAACAGGCAGUCGAGGCCAGGUGAUGAGGAUGAUGACGCUGCCCAAGAGAAGGCAAGGGCCUGGGACGACUGGAAGGAUGACAACCCUCGUGGCGCAGGCAAUAAGAAGCUUACUCCAUGUGGUUAAUACCACCUACUCUCUCCGUGCACCCGUCGUUGAUCGUUCCUCAACUUGCAAAACUUUAUAUUACAAUUACAUGAUUUUUAUUAAUGUUCCGGUUCCAGUUUUGUUACAAUGGUCAAACUAUUCUACUGUAUAGUAGCUGUAGCUGAUGAGCAUACAUAACUUAUCUAAGCACAGGGGUAUAUUUAGAUGUACCAUAAUCUCCAUGUUGCUGCAUUAUUUUUCAACCGGUGGAAGCCUACAAUUUGAAUCUAUGGUGUGGUGAUGGGCGCUUUUAUCC